AUGACAAGCGCUGAUCAUCAUCAUCAUCAUUCGAAUGAGGAUGUUUCGGUACGCGACACAGAAAUUGACUCGGAACUCGUGGAAUUGGAAUCCGCUUUGAAUGAUAUUGAAAAAGCGAUGGAUAAGAUUGAAUCUCAAAACUCGAAUAUUCAAACUAAACUUCGCGAUCUGCUCGAAUCGAAUAAACAAAUGGCGAAAGAAUUCACUGAUAUCCGUCGUGGAAUGUCGAAUAAAUUCAAAGAAGUUACUCAUGAGCUAGAGCAAACACCAGGUACUGCACAUGACCUGGCUGCUGUUACAUCGAAUACGUUAAACAAGAUCGAACAAGAGAUGGCUGCGACAAACGAUCACAAGAAUUUCAAAUAA